AAGGCCACAUCGAAGCAAUUACAGCUUUUUCCAUUUUCUUUCAUCACUUCCUCAUCGAAGCAAAGGAAUAAUGGAAAGUGGUGGACUUUCUACCCAAACAUUCCUCUUGGCGUUUCUCUUGCUCGGCUUGCAUGCCUCUUUGGCGCAUUCCCAAGCCACACGAGUCGGUUUCUACUCCACCACAUGCCCUCGAGCCGAAUCCAUUGUCCGCUCGACGGUUCUAUCCCAUUUCCAGUCCGACCGCACCGUCGCUCCGGGGCUGUUGAGGAUGCACUUUCACGACUGCUUCGUGCAGGGCUGCGACGCUUCUGUGCUUAUAAACGGGCCCACAGCCGAGAAAACGGCAGGGCCUAACCUGUCGUUGAGAGGAUUUGAAGUUAUUGACGACGCCAAGACGCAGCUCGAAGCUGCAUGUCCUGGGGUUGUUUCUUGUGCUGAUAUUCUUGCUCUUGCUGCCCGCGAUUCUGUCGUUUUGACGAGUGGACCGACAUGGCAGGUGCCAACUGGACGCAGAGACGGUCGUAUAUCGUUGGCCUCUGAUGCUGCAAAUUUGCCUAGCUUCACUGACUCCAUUGAUGUGCAGAAGCAAAAGUUUGCCGCAAAGGGUCUCAACACUCAGGAUCUGGUCAUCCUUGUUGGUGGGCACACCAUUGGGACAUCAGCUUGCCAGUUCUUCAGGUACAGACUAUACAACUUUACCACAACCGGAAAUGGUGCCGAUCCCACCAUUGAUCCCGCUUUCCUCCCUCAACUACGAGCACUCUGCCCACAAAACGGCGACGGCUCAAAGCGCGUCGGACUGGACGCCAGCAGCCAAAACAGAUUCGACACAUCUUUCUUCACAAACUUGAGGGGCGGGCGGGGAGUGCUGGAGUCUGAUCAGAAGCUAUGGACUGACGCCUCCACCAAAACUUUUGUCCAGCGUUUCUCGGGGUUGAGCUUCGGCAUAGAGUUUGGAAAGUCCAUGGUGAAGAUGAGCAACAUUGGUGUCAAAAGCGGCGCUGACAGUGAAAUUCGCAAACUAUGUUCGGCGAUUAAUUAACUGAUCGACAACCGCAGUGAAAAUGAAAUUUAAUUACCGAUCACUUUUGUUUUAGAUUUCCAUGUCCGUUGAGGAAAGGAUAUGGGAAAAGAAAAAAAAAAAUUAAUGUACUGAAUUUUUGUUUUAUUGGCGUAAGCCAAUGAAUAAAAACGGUUAAAACUGUUUUUCUUGUGUCGAAAAUCAAUCAAAU